AUGGCUUCUUCUGCUGCCCCCAUCAUCCAGACUCAUGCUGCAGAUGGGGGGCUUACCUCCUGCUUUGCUCGGGUUAAACCCGAACUGGUCACCUACAUGAAGGAUGUUCUCAAGAUGGAAUCGCUCCAGGACUUCUUCUUCUACGUGGCCAAGGAUGCCUGGGAGGCUGAGCUGGAUGUUAAGGUGGUGAAGCCUGCCGUCGAUGCCAGCGGCUCUGCCAGCGUCAUCACUGAGGCCAUGAAACCUAUCCAGCUGGCUCGGGUUCGCAUGGCCUGGCAGUCGGCGGCUAAGGUCCAGAACGUCGCCGAGGCGUCGCUCACUUCGGCAGGAUCGGCGGACGAUCCACUACCUGAGACGGCGAGGCAGCUCUUGGAUCAGAGGUGGAAGAAGCGGUACCCUGAGUUCGCCAUAGAUCCUGCUUUGAUGGGGGCCUCUGCGAUUAUCCAUCAAAAGAUGCGCACGGCGCUUGCAGAGCGCUUCCAGGGUGACAAGCUCCAGAUUGUUUUGGGCGAUGCGACCUUGACUGUCACGGAUUACGCUGCCACCACAUCCAGAGUGCACUUCAGGAGUGUGUCGCAUUUCUACCUUUUGCAUCGGACUUUGACUAACUGCUGGGCUUACGUGGGUACUGCUGAGGUCGAGUCCAAGAAUCAUCCGGGCACCCAGGUUCUCAUGAUGUCCUUCCAGCAGGCCUUGGGUUACUCGGACACCAUCCUUCGGAAGGCCGUCGACGUUCCGGAGUCCGCUCAGCUCAGCUUGGCUGGUUCGCAACGAUGGGCUGACUCGAUCUCGUAUGGCAGCUCAUCAGAUGCUCCGCCGACUUGCGUGGGCCCUCGCAUGCUCCGUUGGACAAUCUCGGCAGGGAGGUUGGCACAAAGCGCAUUGCAGAAGCUCCUGGCGCUCACGAUGCAGGCGAGCGCCCGCCUAAGAAGGCAGCUCCACCGGGAUGGAACGAUGAUCGAUGCUGUCAGCGAGCCAGAGCGGGCGAGCAAUGUCCCGAUGGAUGGCACCUUUGCGAUCGCAAGCUCGCUUCAGGAAGAGGCUGUGGGGGCAAGCACCGGCGCGGCCAAUGCACUGAGCCCUGAUCUCUUCCCACCGCUGGGGCAGAGGCCAGCAAGGCUGCACUGGCUUCUGUGUGCGAUGCAGCUACGUCCCUGGAUGCUCGACCUGCUUUGA